GUGAAAGAGAUUUCCCGGGAAAUAUUUCCCACGUUCGAAAAAUUCGUAUCGUGAAUGAUGUUCGAAAUUCCCCUCGGAAUUUAUUGCUAUCGUGAACAAUAUUUGCAUGGGAAAUUUGAUGUGAUUUCUCUGGAAUUUUUCCGCAUUUAUUUUGGCGGAGAAAUUAAGGCGAGACGGAGCAAUGACGAACUCAACAAAUCAAAACCAAUUAGAACUUCUGGUUAGUAUUAUGGAAAAGAAUACGGAUAUAGCGACUGGAUUUACCACCUAUAGAGAAAAAGAAGAUUUGGCAAAGUUUUGGAAGAAAACGGAGACGGAGCUCAAUAGCCUUGGUCCACCAAUCAAAUCCAUAUCCGAUUGGAAAAAAGUAUGGCUCGACAAAAAAAAAUAUAUUCGGAACAAAAUGUCAGAAAAUAUAAAAAAUAAAAAAGCUACCGGAGGAGGUCAAUUUAAGGAACACAAAUUUUCGCGUUUGGAGGAAACCAUCAUCAGAAUAUGUUCCAUGAAGGAUUCGAUAGAAGGUUGCCGAAAUGCAUCUUCAUUUGGAUUACCUUCGUGUAGUAAAAAAAGGAAAAUGGGCAACCAAGAUAAAGAAAACGUUCCCUCACUUCAAGCAAGUUUGGAAUGUGUUCUUGACUUCGAUGAAAGUCAUUCUAAGUCUCCAGUAGAUCGUCAACAAAUUGAACCAGAACCCCAGCCUGUCGCUGAUGACAUUAUGAAUUCAAGCAAAUCGUCAAAAAAAAGAAAAUCAUUUAAUACGACGAACCCAGAAUAUCUAGAACAAGAGCUUUCUAUUCAAAAAGAGAUUUGCACUAAAAUAGGAAAAGCCGUCGAUUUUCUGGAAAGUCAUCAAGAGGAAUUUUCUCAAAAAGUACAAAAAAUUUACCGAUCUAUAGAUAGGCUCUAUGAUCAGCAAAAACUUAUGUUGAAAGAAAUGUGUCGCCAUAACAUCCAAUUGGAACAGCAAAAACAACAAAAGUUUGAAGAAAUUAAACGCCACAAUAACAAAAUGGAAAACUUGAGACUCAAAGAAAUUGAAUCGAAGAUAAAAUUUAAAGAGGACCUCAUUCAAAUUGAGGAAGAAAAGCUCCGAAAGAUGCAAUAAUUUGUUUUAAGUGAAGAAAGUUUUGUAACCAGUUACUUUAUUUAUUUUAUGUAGUGAAAUAUUUUUAUGUUUAUUUUUUUGCUUAUUUUAUUUAUUUUUUUAAUAAUAAUAAUAUAUAUAUAUACA